AUGCCGCAGGCUGCGAGAUGGGCGGGCUCGCCGUCCAUCAAGGGACGGUCUGAGUCGACGCGGAUGGCGUUGUUGACGUUUAGCUUGGUGGGAUUGCAGUUUACAUGGGGCACGGAGAUGACAUAUUGCACGCCUUACCUUCUUCAGCUUGGUUUGACAAAAUCCAAGACUUCGUUGGUGUGGAUUGCGGGCCCGUUGUCCGGGUUGAUUAUCCAGCCUCUUAUUGGUGUCAUUGCGGACCGGUCACGGUCGAAAUGGGGUCGGAGAAGGCCGUUUAUGGUUUUUGGGUCUUUUGUUGUGGCUUUUUGUCUGAUCGUUCUUGGCUGGACUGCUGAGAUUGUCAGGUAUUUCGUCAAGGAGCCAGAGAAGGCGAAGAACGUUACCAUUGCAUUGGCUGUCUCCAGUAUCUAUGCCGUGGACUUUUCUAUCAACGUUGUCCAAGCAUGCUGUCGCAGUCUAAUUGUUGAUACGCUGCCGAUUCCAUUGCAACAAUCUGGAUCUGCGUGGGCUGGCAGAAUGUGCGCCAUCGGCCAGCUCAUCAGUUACGUGAUUGGCUCGAUUGACACCGUCAGCAUCUUUGGGAGCUUUUUCGGCGACACCCAGUUCAAACAGAUGACUGUUAUUGCGGCAUUGUUCUUGGUUGGCGCAGUGGCUGUUACCUCGUACUCCGUGAAGGAGCGUGUCUUGAUCACAGCAAGGGAUUCGGAUGGAAAGGCCGGUGCGAUUCAAGUGAUCUCUCAGUUGUUCAAAACUACACUAGAGUUGCCCCCUCGUAUCCAGGCUAUUUGCUGGGCCCAGUUUUGGGCAUGGAUUGGCUGGUUCCCUUUCCUCUUUUACAGUACCACUUGGGUGGGCGAAACCUACUUCCGCUACGAAGUGUCCAAGGAGGACUUAUCCAAGGCAACCGAUAUGCUUGGCGAGGUCGGCCGUGUCGGCAGUCUCUCGCUGACAGUCUUUUCGGCAAUCACCGUCCUAAGUUCUGUUCUGCUACCGUUCUGCGUGCAACCGCCUGAUACCAAGCGCACCCGCUUCACGCCUCGACCACCCCCGGGCGUGGCAGCAGCACUCAAAGCCAUGACUGCAGUACGACCCGACCUCCAAACAGCCUGGCUGAUCUCUCAAAUCAUGUUUGCUGCGACCAUGAUCUUCGCGCCACUGGCCCACUCACGGGGAUUCGCGACUUUCCUCGUAGCGGUCUGCGGUGUCCCGUGGGCAAUCAGUGGCUGGGCGCCAUUCGCCUUCAUGGGCGUGGAAAUCAACAAACUUACGAUGAACAACAAUAGCGGGGGUGCAGCAGGAUUAACCACCCGCUCCGGCGUAACAAUGAUCACAUCUGCCAGCAUUCGCAACUCAGCCGCCGACACAGAACUAGAAGUUCUCCGACUCAACCACCGCGACUCAGACGGCGACGACACUGACGAAGAAGACCAAGCCUCCAACAUUCCAUCGACAGGCGAGUUAGCCGGGAUCUAUCUCGGUGUGCUGAACGUAUACACCACUCUCCCCCAAUUCGUCGGCACAUUCAUCAGCUGGAUCGUCUUCACCCUUCUCGAACCAGGUGCUGAGCCCAGCGAGGAAAGCGAUGCCUCGGACACGCAGUGGAUGAAUCUGGACAAGGACAAGCCCAACGCUAUCUCUAUCUGUCUGUUCAUCGGCGCGAUCAGCGCUCUUGUAGCGGCUGAAGCGACUCGGCGGCUGCGGUAUAUUCGAUGA